AGAUUUGUAGUGAUUAUAAUGAAUUCGUCUUUCAUGAGGGAUUUUACUUAAUUUUUCCGCGAUACAUUCCAGAAAAUUGGAUUUCUCCCACUUCCGAACAAAUACAAUUACAACUUAUAAGACUUAUAGAUGCAGGAUUUGAAUUAAAUAAAUGUAUUAUGAUGAAUCUUUUUCAAAGAUUUGAACAUAGUAUAUUAGAUAUAAGAGGAGAAAUUUUAUGGGUUGCUUUCACCAAGAUUCGAAAAGCCAACACUGAAAGAAAAAAAUAUAAGAGUACCAAUAGAACACGUCCAGCAUUAUAUAAAAUAAUGGAUGAAAUCUUUGUAAAUGCUGCUGACAAUAAGGUUCGAGACCAAGAAAUUAAUGUUUUUAAAGUUGAUAUUGACAAAGAAGGAGGCCAAUUUUCCGUCUUUAAUAACGGAAAAGGGAUCUACGAUGAAAAUGUCUACAUACCUUUUCGCAACUUUUUCAUCUUCACUUUUAACGAUGACUUAAAGAAAGUUUCCGG